AUGUCUUCCCGUUCCCGCGCAGUCCGCAUCGCGGGAGCUUCAGGCUCGGCGUCUGACCGACGCCACGCCAUGGCCGCGUUCGCAAAAGCAUAUCCCUCGGACCCCGUCGACGUGAUCAUCUCGGACUACAUGUCCGAGGUGAACAUGACGAUCGGGGCGGCGCGCAAAGUCGACGCCUCGAACCUCACGCCGGACAUGGCCAACGCAUUUGUGGGAGCGGGCCCGGCGUUCGAGGCCUCCUUCCUGGAAGCGCUGGAGCCCGCGUUGGACGACCUGGCGCGGUACGGGAUCAAGGUCGCGGCGAAUGCGGGCAACGCGGACGUGCGCGGCCUGUACGGCGUCGUGUGCGACAUGGUGGAGAAGAAGGGUCUGAGCGGGAAGGUCAAGGUCGCGUGGAUCAGUGGCGACGAGGUGCUCCCGGCCAUCAACGACGGGUUGAAGACGGGGACGUCCAAGUUCAAAAACAUCUACACCGGUCAGGUGCUGGAGAGGUGGGAGUUCGAGCCCAUCUACGCGCACGCCUACCUCGGCGGCAUGGGCAUCGCCGAGGCCUUCCGGCAGGGCGCGCAGAUCGUGGUCUGUGGACGUGUCGCGGAUGCGUCCCCGGUCAUCGGCGCGGCCGUGUGGUUCCACGACUGGCGGCGCGAACAGCUGGACGAACUGGCCUACGCGUUCGUGGCGGGCCACAUGAUCGAGUGCAGCAACUAUGUCGUUGGCGGGAACUUCUCCGGGUUCAAGACGCUGGAGGCGAACGGGCGAUGGGUCGAUAUCGGAUACCCGAUCGCCGAGAUCGCCGCCGACGGCGGCGUGGUCAUCACCAAGCAGAAACAAUCCGGCGGCAUGGUCAGCGUUCACACGUGCUCGUCGCAGUUGCUGUAUGAGAUCCAGGGGCCGUGGUACUUCAACUCGGACGUCACCGCCGUGUUGGACGGCAUCUGGUUCGAACAACUGGCGGCCGACCGGGUGGCGCUUCGUGGCGUCAAGGCCUUGCCUCCUCCGCCGACGACCAAGGUCGGACUCACCGCGCGCGGCGGCUUCCAGGCUGAGGCGUGGUAUUUCAUGACCGGGCUGGAUAUCCCGGAGAAGGCGCGCAUGACGGAGGCGCAGCUCCGCAAAGGGUUGAGCCCUUACUCGGACAAAUUCACGACCCUGGCGUUCAGCGUGCUGGGCUCGCCUGGCGAGGAUGCCGACACGCAGAACGCGGCGACGUGCGUGUUUCGCGUCUUCGCCCAGGCCAAGCAGUCGAACGACAUUGCGCCGCAGAAGUUCCUCCGUCCCGUGAUCGACAACAUCAUGCAAGGCUAUCCUGGGAGCACGUUCCACCUCGAUUUCCGCCAGGGCAUCCCCAAGCCGUACUUUGAAUACUACGUCACGCUGCUCGACCAGGCCAAGGUAUCCCACCGGGUGCACUUUGGCGGCAAAGAGACGCUGAUCCCGCCGCCGACACUGACAAAGACGUUCCCGGAGCGACAGCCCAGCCAGCCGACGACGCAGCUGGAGAUCGACCUCACCAGGUUCGGUCCCACGACGCGGGUCCCUCUCGGGAGGAUCGUGCAUGCCCGCUCCGGCGACAAGGGGAGCGACUGUAACUGCGGGUUCUGGGUCGUUCAUCAGGACGAAUACGUCUGGUUGCGGAAUUUGUUGUCCAUCGACACGGUGAAACGGCUGCUGGGCAAGGAGUACGACGAGACGAGGACGCCCAAGAUCGAGAUCGAAAGGUUUGAACUUUCCAAUCUGAGGGCCGUGCAUUUUCUGUUUCGGAAUCUGCUGGACAGGGGGGCCACGAGCACAGCGGGCGUGGACUUCUUGGGCAAGAAUUGCGCGGAAUACCUGCGGAGCAGACACGUCGACGUACCGGUGAGGUUUUUGGAGAGAGGGAGGUUGUGA